AUGCAUUCUAACGAGCAACCCCCGUCAUACACAAGUGAUACCUACAACACUCCGACAUCACCGGCAGCAAACGGCACCCUUUACAGGAACGACAACAGCGAUAAUUCGAAUACCAGAUUCAAAGAACCCUCAAGUUUCCCUCGACACGAAUCCGGUAGCUCCAAUUCCAAUUUAAAUCUUGGACGUCAGUCUGCAAACAACGACAAUAAUAACACACAAACAACCCCUCCGCGCUCUGAGUCUUGGCUCGAUAGUGUGUUCCGGGUCAAUAGCCAUGCAGAUGCUAUAAUAGGAAACUUGACCUUUGUCUGUCUCAUAAUACAAAUCCUUGCAAUAGUGAUCCUGGUAUUCGUUUCUGGCAUUGCCAUGGGUCUGUACCGGAACUCGCGGGAUCGACCACAAGUAAUCAAUGGUGCGACUCUGUCGUAUGGUUUAGCCGGGACAGUUUUGGGGUUUGCCACGGGGAUACUCACUCUUGCAUGUUUCCCCUUCACCGGCUUCCUCGGCCAAACUGGUUUCCUAGUAUCUCUCCUUGUCACAAACAUCAUGUAUGCAACGAUCGGUGCAUUGACGGGAUACGGUUCCUACAUCACACGUUACAACGAGGUCUGCCAUCAUUCUUAUGCGGGUCUCCACAACUGCUAUAACAUCCGUCUAUCAGAUGGUUGGCGUUGUGGAAUCGUUACGGUCGUCAUGUGCGCUGUUAUCAUGUAA